AUGCCUCCACCAUACUUUGUCGGCGAGGGAGAAGGCAAGAAGGGCGCCCAUCACGAAUCGAUCUCCGCACUGUGGAACUUGAAAUGGAAGAAGAGGGCCACCCUCGGAAUCUACCCCUUCAUGGAAGGCAAACUCGAAGACUUUGAGGCAGUCUUUGCUCAUUUUGCUGAGCAUAACAUCUACCCUCCCUAUGACUUCGAGGUGUACUCGGCGCCCUUCUUCCCCGUCGCUGAACGCCUCGUCGCACGCGCAGAAAUCGCCGAGGAAUCUGGCGACAGGGAGCUCGCCAGCGAACUAUACCUGCGCGCCGCGUGCGUGUACCGGACAGCGCGUCAACCAUGCCCCAUUUCCCCUCGCCAAAAACUCGCUUUCAACCUCCAGAAGACCGCAUUCUUCAAGGGCGCCGCACUCCUCGAAGCCCCCCUCGUCGAACACCUAAUCCCACACACGCACGCCCUCCCCGGGACCGCAGAGCAAUACCGCACCAUCCCCGUCACCGUUCGCCUCCCUCCCGGUGCUCAGCCCGGUCAAUUAUUCCCUACCGUGCUCCAAAUCUACGGCCUGGACGGCUACAGGACCGAGCACACGAUGCCGUCAUCCCACCACAUUGCCCGCGGCUGGGCUUCUAUCGCUGUCGAAAUCCCUGGAACGGGUGACUGUCCUGCCGACGCUAACGAUGCUACUUCUCCCGACCGUCUGUGGUCUUCCGUCCUCGACUGGAUCGACCAGCAGCCGUGGAUCGCCAAGGGCAAAGUUAUCGCUUGGGGCGUAUCCUGCGGCGGCUACUACACCAUGCGCAUCGCGCAUACGCAUGCGGAUCGCUUGCUCGGCGUUGUUGCGCAGGGUGGAGGCUGCCACUCCAUGUUCGACCCUGAGUGGCUGGAGAUCGCGUCGCAUAUGGAGUACCCGUUCGAUUUGACUCAAGUCCUCGCGCUCAAGUUCGGUUACGAGGACGUCGAGAAGAUGAAGGUGGAUUCACGUCCGCGGUUCUCGCUGCUUGAGAACGGGAUUCUGGAGAUGCCAAGCUGUAGGAUGUUACUCGUCAAUGGAAUGCUUGACGAGCUCUUCCCGAUUGAGGACUGCCUUUUGCCGUUAAGGUAUGGAAGCGUUAAGGAAGUCCGCUUCUUCGAGGAUAGCAAGCACAUGGGCGAGCCACAUGCAAGAAAGUAUAUCCUAGAGUGGGUCGAGAGCUUGUUCAAGACUGUCGAUGGAGGUGUCAAGGGCGGCAAGCUGUGGGCAGCCAUUACGAACGGUGCUGAGAAGCCGAUAACGAACGAAGUGACCAAGCCGGUUGCGAACGGCACGAAUGGGGUCAAUGGAGUCAAGAAGCCGGUAGUUAGUGUGAAGGAGCUUGAUGGUCGGCACGUCCUGAACGGGUGCUGA